GGAGUCAGUUGGGCUAUUCUGUCGGGGGGUCCGUCAGCCCAACUGUUCCUAGAAAAAAGGCUUAUUGUAUCUUGCUAGCCAUCUGGGAGACCAUGGCUAGCACCACGAUUUUUCGCGGGCCGUUGCUGAUGGUUUUGCUGCAGGUUUUCGUGAUUUGCUCUGCUCAAAGAAACCAGGCUGGUCCCCGGGGGCCCCCCGGCCCACCAGGUCCCGCAGGUGUACCCGGAAUCGAUGGCAUUGCUGGUGACAGAGGAGAUGAAGGCGAGGACGGCCCCACUGGUCCAAAUGGGGAUGCUGGAAAACCCGGAUCUUCAGGAUUACCAGGACUUCCCGGUGCUGAUGGUCUGACAGGUCCCGCAGGAGACGAAGGGCCAGACGGGCCUUUUGGACAGAAGGGUGAACCUGGAAAAACUGGACCACGUGGAGAAGCAGGUGUUGGCCCCGAUGGACUUCCUGGGACACCUGGACCAGGUGGGCUUCCUGGGGAGCAGGGCAAGGUUGGGCCCCCGGGAGCCAUGGGUGUGAGGGGGCCACAAGGGCCACGGGGCCCCACCGGGCCUCGAGGAGCUGCAGGAAUGCGUGACAUCAGCGCUGAACUGUGUCCCAAUGCCUGCGCCCCUGGCCCGCCCGGUCACCCUGGGUUGCCAGGUAUGAAGGGUCAUAAAGGUGUUAAAGGGGACGGUGGUGAGCCAGGGAAGCAAGGACACAAGGGUGAAGAGGGAGACCAGGGGGGUCCGGGGGAGGUCGGAGCACAAGGGUCUACGGGUCCCCAGGGCACAAGGGGAAUCACAGGGAUGAUGGGGGCCAAAGGUGAAAUGGGAGCGCGGGGCCACGACGGGGAGCCGGGGAUACAGGGAGUCAUGGGAGCCACCGGGGACCACGGCCAGAGGGGUGUCAUGGGCGAGUCCGGGCCCAAGGGUGAUCAAGGUCUCCAAGGGCCACGCGGGAUCACUGGACUUCCUGGGCCCAAAGGAGGCGGAGGAUUGCCGGGAGUGGAUGGGCGUGAGGGGAUACCAGGAAUGCCGGGGGCCAAGGGGUCCAUUGGGAAAGCAGGAAGUCCUGGGGAGGUGGGGCUUCAGGGACUUCCUGGUUUGCCGGGCAUCCCAGGUCCCAAAGGAGUCAGCGGUGUAAAGGGCAACUCUGGUGAUCAUGGCCUCCCUGGAACGAUAGGGUCUUCUGGGAGAACAGGAGAACGAGGAGAGCAAGGGGAACUGGGACCAAUUGGACCAAUCGGAACGCCUGGAGAUGUAGGACCACAGGGCCCUCUUGGGCCUCAAGGGAAGCCAGGCCCUCGGGGUGCGAAGGGCGAUCUGGGGCUGCCUGGACUUCCUGGACCUCCCGGUCUUCCUGGGGUGAAAGGAGAACGAGGUGAAGCCGGUCUAACUGGCCCUAAAGGCGAACAAGGGGAUCAAGGUGCAGAGGGAACCCCAGGAGACAAAGGAGAAAGGGGUGACCAAGGAGAGCCUGGAGCCAAAGGAGCGGCGGGUAACCUGGGCGAGCCGGGGAGCAGGGGCCCGGAGGGGAGCAGGGGCCAGCCUGGCAUCGAGGGCCCCGCCGGGUCACCCGGGCCCCGGGGCAUGCAGGGGAACAGGGGCCUGCCGGGCACGCGGGGGACGCAGGGGCCAGCGGGCAAAGAACCCAGUGAUCAGCACAUCCGACAAGUGUGUAUGAGGGUAAUGCAGGAGCAGUUGGCCCAGCUGGCAGCCAGCCUGAGACGGCCUGAGUCGGGCGCGGCCGGGUUGCCGGGCCGGCCAGGCCCCCCCGGCCCCCCCGGGUCCCAGGGCGACAGCGGCUUCCCUGGGCAGGCUGGGGCAAGAGGACUGCCUGGCCUCAAAGGGCCGCCGGGGCUCUUUGGACUGAAGGGACCUAAAGGUGAGGCGGGAGACAGAGGGGACAGAGGCAUCACAGUACGAGGAUCCAAGGGCCAGCCUGGAGCUCCUGGUCUGCCAGGAGAGCCGGGUAAACCGGGCUAUGGCCGAGACGGGCGCGACGGCGAGCGGGGCCGCCCCGGCGUACCCGGACAGCCGGGCGUGCCCGGGCCCCCGGGCCCCCCGGGGCCCAACGGAUACUGCGACCCGUCGUCCUGCAACCUGCAGGCGGGGGCCCAGCACCAGUCUCUGAAGGACUCCAGCAUGAAGGGCCCCGCCGGGAACUGAGCCCGAACGCGGGCGGGCCCCGGGGACAGAACGCAGAGACUGACAGACGGACGGACGGACGGAUGGACAGACAGACAGACGGACAGAGAGACAGACGGACAGACAGACAGCCCACCUCGCCUCUCAUGCCAAACCGUAACGCCCAUUCAGCAGCAUGAGCGGGUCAUAUGGGAAGCUAAGACCCCCCAGCCUGUUACUCAACAUUUGUUCUGAAAUAAGAUGGUGCUCCACACAUUUUCUUUGUUUUUCUGUUUUUCAGGGGUCUUUUUCCACACGCGACAAAACCUUUUUUAUCGUCUUAAAAAUGUGCCUUAUAUGCCCAUAACUGUCUGUCCUGGUGGAAGUAGUGGUUUUAUAACACUGUAGUAGCUCCACAGCCCUACCCCCCCCCCCCUC